GCGAGCCGAGCUCGACGCACGACGCACGCGCCGAUGACGCCAUGACGGACGAACGCGCGCGCUCCGCGGAGGCCGACUUCCCGCGGCCGACCGCCACGGUCUCCUCGCUCAAGUCCGAGGAUUCUACCGAACAGUUGAUAUGCAAAACGCCACAAGAAAAAGUGAAAAAGGAUAAACAGAGUGUUAGCUCGAAAAGUGUGGAAGCGGGUAGUACGAAAGUGGGAAGGAGGAAGUUGGUUGUGUUUUUGGGGUUGGGGCAGGUGGUUCUGGGGGCGCUGCUGGUGGGCGCCGGCGCGCUGGGGGUGGUGAAGGGCGCGGCGCUGGCGCGCGUGGGCGCCGGGCUGUGGGCGGGCUGCGUGGCCGUCGUCGCCGGGGUCGUUGGCGUGCUCGCCGGCAUCAACGACUGCUAUGGACUCAAUGGAGCCAACAACGGGAGUGGUCUCCUGACGGCGUUCCUGGCGCUGUCACUUCUGUGCCUGGCGUGCGGCAACAGCGCUGCAGUCCUCGCAGCGACCGGCCUGCAGCGCGCAUCCGCCCGCGCUCAGCCGCCAACUGUCCCUAAUGCCAGCUUCCAGGAUGAAAUGGAAGCAUGGACGCCCGUCCUCACCAACAUCGCGCUGCUCAUCAUCGCCUCCGUCCACUGUCUGGUCUGCAUCGUCAGCAUCUACCAUCUCUCCAAGCGGGUCUGCCCCUGUUUCCGACCAAAACAAGCCUAUGAUCACAACCAGUUCGACCCCGGCUUCAAGCCUUACGUCAUACAUGUAGAUGAGAAGAAAGAGAAGGGAGAUAGAGAGAAGGAGAGGGAGAGAGGGCAUGAGCUGUGUAAGGAGCUGGAGAGCAAGCUACAGGGAGAGUCGUUGAAGAAGAGAAAGCAGGCCGAAACUCCCGAGUUCGGCAGCGCGAACAGCAAGGAGAAGCUAGUGUCGCACUGGCUCGGGCGCCAGGCGCCAGCUUUAGCGCCCGCGGCGCCCGUGGCGCCCGUGGUACCAAACCGAGGACGCCGGGCGCGCGGCGUGCGCAAGCGGCCGCCGCAGCUACUGCUGCUGCCCGCACAUCCCGCCAGCACGCUGGGCCGCAUGCCAGUGAGCGUGGUGGUGCCUCCACGCUACGCUACCCUACCGCUUCCUCCCGCGCCUUACGCUGCCGCGCCACUCUUCUAUCCUGUACACGACGCACGACUCCGACGACGACGCUCGCCUCGCGACCCGCGCGAGCGCAGGCGGCGCGAGCGAGACCGAGACAGCCAGCUGACUCGUUCACUCGAGCGCAUCCAUCGCAAGAGACGCGCUGAGCGCGACCGCGUCUCCGACGAGCAACUGAAGAGGACAUACACUGGGCUUGAUAGGGCAUACGCCGAGCAGUUCAUCGCCGUUUGCGACGAGAGCCGCCAGGCCGGCGAGCGACACGACUCCCUACCCAGCACGACUAGCGACUCCAGCCAGUCUCAUUCCCACAGAGAGUCCAUGUAGACUUGUAAAGGGUGCCAGCCGAUUCGAGUACACGCGUAGCCGAAUGCACAAACGCUCACGAUAAUAUCUGUUUCGUUGCUAUCUAAUCGCUCUUGCGUACUGGCGCGACAGAGCCAGACUACAUUUCUGCGGCGUUUCGGUGGCGUUUCGCGUCGCAGAAAUUCCAUUCGACUCCGUAGUCGCCAGGCUAAGGCCAGGCUAAUUCUAACUUACCCUGAUAUCAUUCGUGCAUUUCCCUCGUGCUUGCGGUUUCGCUUGCGAGCAAAACGCACGAUUACUGACAUUUGAAUUGGCCUGCUACACUGUUCGUUCAUUCAUUCGUACAGAGAGAACUUUACGCUGCGCUGACGACACAAUACGACUGAUUAUAAGAUGAACAUUUAAGCAAAACUCGAUGAGCGUCAAAAAUCACAUACCUACCUAUCUAAAUAGUAUUUUAGUAUGGUAAUACUAAGAAGUUUCCAAAUGCGGUAACAAAUAAGUGAGUUGUCGUUGUCUCUUGACGACUUUUCAUUAUGCAAUCCCAAGUUUCCUUAGGUAUAUUAAAAUGUGCUUAUGUUGCUUGGUUGGCACUUGGCAGUAAAAUGGGAAUAAUCAGUACUUAUACUUCUAGAUUGCCCUUAACGACUAACUAUUGUCACCUUAUCACCGGUGUUGGGACUGAUUUAAAUACCUAUUUAAAUUUUUUUUAUACCUUAACAAUGCUUCUGAUAAGCUAUCCUUUAGUUUUGUUACUUGAAUAAUAAAAUAACGUUUACUUGCGGCAUUUACUCGUACGCUCUCAUAGAGUUUCUGACAAAGUUUAAUAACUUUCAGAAAUUUCUACAAAGAGGGUACGACUUAAGUUUUGUGCCUCGGUAUUUUUCUUAAAUAAAUCACAAACCUACGCAAGAUUAGAGGCGCAAUAUUUAUAUCGUAAAAUAAAAUAAAUUUGUAGUUUAGCUGUAACUUAAAGGUAAGUAUAAGUAACGGCCUAGAGUUGUGGAAAGUUAGAUCUGAAAGAAAAGUUGUAAUUUAGAUAAUUAUAACGACUCCAGUAGGUACUCAAAUUAUAUCAAUUUGGUGCACUAACUCUGUUACUAAUGAAAAAUUGAAGAAAUUUCAAAUUCGCAACAGGGUAAAGAUAUAUUUCUUUUAUUGAUUUUACUUACGUUAGUAACUAAGUAUUUAGUUUAAUGCUAAUUGUAAAAAUACUCGUUUAGUAAUUCUUACGCAUAUAACCUGGUUUAUAUACAUUGUCAUUUAUUUACCAUAAUUUUCAUUCAAAGUGCCUGUUAAUUAACAGAAAAAUAUUUUGUUGGUGACCUUUUACCUUUAAAAUCUUUAAAUCGUUCAGACCCCAAAUAUUAUUUUAUGAUUAUCUAAUAAAAGUUAUAAAAUUGAUUUAAUUAAACUCUACUCGUAUUUCUGGUUCGUGCUGUCGCGUGAUAAGAGUUUCGGGCUGUCCUUGUAAAAAUGGCAAUAUAUAUUUAAAAAAAACUAUCAUUAGAUGUACUAAGAAUUACUUUUAUACUUAUUCAUAUGUUAGAGUAACCUUUACGAUACAUAUCAUACCAAACUAAACCCGAUAGCUUUAUGACUGUACAUAUAUCGUUACUAAACACUUAACUUCACAUCACUAAACUAAACGAUUACCUAAUCAAUCGUAGAAUAAUCUGCAUACGUGUGCGUAUCUUAACGAUCACUAAAAUCCCGCACGUAUUAGGGUAGGGAUUCUAUAGUCAACAUCAAAUACUGUACUUAUAUUUUAACUGUCAAGCAAGUAGCCAAAUAGUAUGUAGUGUGACUAUUUAGCCACCUUGGUUGCUAGAAUAUUGUAUAUGUAUAUUAUCGAGACCUAAGAACAAAAUGUAACGGAUAAUUCCGGAAAAUAUUUUGCGAUGACAUUAUGUAUCCAUUGAUGCACCUCACUAACACACACAUUGUCAAAGAUCCUGUCUUAAGAUCAAUAUCUUUUAUCGUUUAAUCUCUGCAUAUGAUAAUAUGAUAAAACAACCGUCAGCAUAGCACGUACAGUAAACAGCAAAAUUGGAUGGCGAAUUUAUCAAUGAAUUUAUUCAUAAUUUCUCCAUGCAAUAUUGCAGCUCACUUUACAUCGGUUGUAUUUUACAUACAUACAUACAUACAUACAUACAAUCACGCCUGUAUCCCAUGAAGGGGUAGGCAGAGCACAUGAAACUACUCAAGUUUCAGUGCCACUUUUGGCAAAUAAGGUGUUGGCAGA